AUGGGCAUUUUUGCAUCGCAGAUGACUCCCGUCAAUGAUCGCCAUUUCAGCCACGCAGCUUUAAUGUAUGGAUCUGAAUGUUGGGCUAUGCGAAAGUCAGAUGAACAACAAAAUCAUGUUACAGAGAUGAAGAUGCUCCGGUGGUCGGGAGGUGUAACCCUGAAAGACAAAGUUAGCAAUGAAUAUGUAAGAGGAACAUUUAAAGUCGCUAAUAUAACUGAUAAGCUAAAGGAAAAUCGCUUGCGCUGGUACGGGCACGUUAUGAGACGCGGUGAGGAUCACAUGACCAGACUCGUCAUGGAAAUUGAACAGCCUAGGAGACGCCCUGGUAGACCGCCGACAACCUGGAUGGGUACCAUUUCCAAGGAUAUGAGGACGACGGAUUUAGAGCCUGAACUGACUCAACAACGCCCGGAAUGGCGGAAAAGGAUUAGGAGGGCCGACCCCAAGAGAAAUGGGACAUAG